AUGUCGGGGCGCGGAGCGGAGCCGCCGCCGGACGCCACCCUCCGCCGCUGGGAACGAGAGCAGGCCCAGUUAAAAGCCAGCGUGGUUGAGGAGGACACCGAGGAGUGGCAGAAAGAUUCGAGUUUUGCAGGACUGGAGAGAGUGGGAGGUGUGGACUUAUCUUAUAUCAAAGGAGAUGACACCCGUGCCUGCGCUUCCCUGGUCGUUCUCAGCUACCCGGCUCUUGAGGUGCUGUACGAGGAUUGCCGGAUGGUGGCUGUGAGCGCCCCGUACGUGGCAGGAUUCUUAGCCUUCCGAGAGGUCCCUUUCCUGGUGGACGCUGUUCAGAGGCUUCAGCAGGAGGAGCCCGGGCUCAAACCUCAGGUACUUCUUGUAGAUGGGAAUGGCCUGCUCCAUCCCAGAGGAUUUGGUGUGGCCUGUCACCUCGGCGUCCUGGCAGAUCUACCGUGCAUUGGAGUGGCCAAAAACCUCCUGCAGGUGGAUGGCUUGGUCAGGGAUGAGCUGCACAGAGAGCAGAUUCGUUCCCUGCAGAGGGAAGGAGAUACGUUCCCACUGACAGGCGCCUCGGGGAGAGUCCUGGGCAUGGUCCUGCGUAGCUACAACAACAGCUCUAAGCCGCUUUAUAUCUCUGUGGGUCACAGGGUGUGCCUGGAGACAGCUGUGCGCCUAGUCAAGUCCUGCUGCAGGUUCCGGAUCCCGGAGCCCAUCCGUCAGGCUGAUAUUAGAUCGAGGGAGUAUAUUCGGAAGCAGCUGUGUUCACCACUGGAGGUCAUAUCUUCUGGGCCAGAGAGCAGAAAAAAGGAGGCUGAACUGGAUGAUUAGUCUGAUGCCAGAAGAAACUGCAGGGCUCCUCUUCACUGGAUCCUGAUCCUCUCCUCCACCAACACUGUGGUUCUGUCAAGUGCAACAGCCGAGUGCCACCCCAGGGGACGGCAGUGCAAGGCCGUGUCAGUCAGGACAAGGCCAGCCACUGUGCGCGGUUCUGGUGGGCAGGCGGGUCAGCUGCUGUUCAAGGAUAAUGUUUAGAGCAUAUUUCUCAGGGUUGAUUUUUAAGCAUUGUAAAAAUAUUUGUGUAAGCAAAUGUACAUUUGUAAGUUUGCAGCAGCUUUCUUGAGUACUUGGGCAAUUGCAGGAGGUGAUUUACAAAGAGAUGCUGAGGCACUUAACUUGGUUAUAAACAAACUCCAGAGCUGGCCUUUGGCUCCCACCACAGCUCUGUGGCACAGAGACUUCCCUUCUCGUCGUUUUUGGAACAGCUUCUACCCAGUCCCUGCAGCCUGUACUCUCACAUUCACUUUGCACGUCCCCGGGGAACAGAAGCCCAGGACGCAGCUCCGGCUGGUCCUGACAGACGGGCAGAGGACGCUGCGUUUCAGGUGGGCGUGUGACU